AUGGACCAGCGCAGCAAGACGCCGAGCCCGACGCCCGGGUCCCCGCGGCGGCCGGCGGUGAAGAACAUUUUGAAAAGCGUCGAAAGUCACGUGCGGCUCAUGUCGCACCUGGAGCACACCGCGACGUCGUCUAGCUACACCUCCCUGCGCCUCAAGAACGCGCAGACAGAUGCGUGGUCCGACCCGUUUAAUGUCACCCGUGUGCACAGGGCCACGCCAACGGACAUUUUCUACCAGGAGGUUAUUGCGCCGUGCGUGUCAAACUGCCUGGCGGGACAGAGCUACCUCUUCUUAGUGAGCGCACCCUGCGAAAGCGGCCGCAGCCAAACCCUCUACGGCAGUCCGCACCACAGCGAGAAGGGAAUCAUAGAGCUCGCCGCAGAAGAGUUGCUGCGGCGUGUGGUGGGGGCCGCAGACGGGCCCGAAACUGGCGGCCCUCGCGCGACCGUCACGCACUCCGCAUUUAUUGCACGCGGAUCGCAGUUGCUGGAGACGCUUAGUGGCGAGCCGGUGCCAGUGGUGGAGUUCCCACCCCCCUUGGGGGCCACCGCAUUGCCACAAAUGCGUCUGCUCGGCUCCGCCCCCAGCGCUGUACAGAUACCGGCGAAGAAGCACAUGGAUACCUCCUGCAUCGUGCAGUUUCAGGUCUACGCUUCGGUGGAUGCCUCGGGGCGGCGUUCCAUGGCCACACUGACGUUUGUGGAUGUGGCCGCGUUUCGCCCACCCCACUGCGGUGAAAUUUGUCACCUCGUGGAGACGGUGCGUCGUGUGGCGGGCCUCUCCAGCGCCGGGGAUCCCGGUUUUAAGCAGACGAAGCUGACGACGCUGCUUGAGCCCGCGCUUGUGGGCUACGUGACUCUCGUGUCCAUCACAACCAUCAGUGGUCGACAGGACUUGCACGAGGCCGCGUGUGACGCCCUGCGGUUCGCAGAGUCGCUGGGCCGCAUUCACCAGGUCCUGAUGCUGGUGCACAUCAACACCCCCAGGUGGUUCUUGGACGCGGCGGAAAGGCUCGAGGACCUUCGCAUGCAGCGGGAGCGCAUUCUCUCGGAGCAGCACGCCCGUGGCGUGUACGAUUUCUACCGAGCCGCCGCCAAGUGGCUCUCGGAGCACGUCAGCGACGUUGACGGCGCCUUUGACAGGCUCCUCGAGGAGACGGAGGACGUCCGCCAGGAGGUCGCGCGUGAGGUGGAGGCCCAGACGGCGGACCUGCAGGCCCGCAUAAAGGCGGAGCAGCAGGAGUGUGCGGCGCAGCUGGAGCGAACGCGGGCCACCCACGCCGUGACGACGUCGCAGCUAGAGACGGUGAAGCGGCUAGACGAGACAAUUGCGGGGCUCGACCAGCAGCUCACGCAGGGGGACUUCUACGGCGACCACAAAAUCAGUGAGAUGCGCAUUGAAAUUUCCACGCUGGAGAACGAGACGAACAUGCACCGCCAGGAGCUCACGCAGCUGGAGAAAGAGGAGAGGCUCUACGCCAGCAAGUACCAGGAGGUGGUGGGCGUACUUGACAAGUACGCCGAGGACCUUGCCUGGGCCCAGGUGUGCUUUGCGCACGCCCUCGAGAUGAGCACCAUCCGCCGGAGGAAGGAGGAGCUCGAGGCGGAGCUGGAGCUCGCCUCGCGCGUGGCCCGCCGGACAACAGACUCCCUUCGCGUCGACCGGGAGCGCCGGUCAAAGAUGUCGCGUCUGACAAUGAUGCAACAGCGUGUUGACGCCCUGCGAGAGCGAGUACACACGAACAGUAGCGCAAAUAACGCGGGCUGCAGCCAAUCGGAGUGCCACGACGAAUCCGUUUCCCUCUCGCCACAGCACAGGCGACAACGUUUCGUGAGCCCACGUCAUUCAGCGAUGUAA